AUCAACCUGGACAUUCAGGAGAAGAGAACAGGACGGUCAGCUCUCCACUUCUCUGCUGAGAGAGGAAACGCAGCUACCACAGAAGCACUGCUCAAGGCAGGAGCUAAUCCUCACCUCAAAGACAAGCGUGCUGUGAGACAUCUCAAGUCGGAGAGCAAAGAUCUUGAAGGAGAUGAUACUAGUUCCAUGCUCAAACUAGAGGGACAAGAGCUCGAGUCUGAGGGAAAAUCCCACAGCAGGACAGCAGUCUCAAGUCAGAAAGAAAAUGACACCAGAGAUGGACCCUGAACAUAGUCCAGACUUUGAUUUGUAAAGUUAGUGUACCUGUUCUGAGGGAUAAUGUCAUGUGUUUAUCCAAUAAACA